AUGAGGGUGGAACAGACAACUGGAGAUGUGACAUCCAGGAACAGGGACAGGGAUGAGAAGGAUGGAAUCCAGGAGAGGUUAGAGGACUCAGAGGCCUCCUUUGAGCCUGGAGUGAAAAAGUCAGGAGACCUGCGUAUGACUAAUAUGCCAAACUCAGCGCUCCGUGUCCCCUCCUCUGCGCGCCCGCUGGCCGGUGGGGACCCCAUGAGCCUGGGCUCCCUGCGGGCCAAGGCGCUGCUCACUGAGAACGUGGCGUCGUUCGGAGGCAAGACGGUCCGGGACCACACCCAGAUGAAUGAGCUGCAGCGGCGUACGUCGGGGGCCCCGGGCCUGGUCGCGCUCGGCUUCCCGAGAAAGCAGUUUGGGCAACAGGAAACUGACAAGAAUGAGGAGAUGCUGAAGGGCCUCAGGUACGUGCGACCAGACGGCAGGCUCGAGCCCGAUCUCAGGCUCCGGGCCAAGGGCGAGGGGGAACGGCGCGCAGGCGCACCGGCUCUUUGCCUCCGCGACGCGCUGCGCAUGCCCAGUGACGACGCCGCCCUCGUGAGCGACUGCAAGCUCCUCGCCUGGUCUCCGGUGUGCCUCAGCGACGUCGCCUGGAACUUCCAGAAGCUCCUGGUAGGCCCGGACGGUGUGCCGUGCACAUGUACAGCGGCCGCCGAAGCCCUAUUGCCCCAGGGGCCCCGCUGUGCCCCGGGCGCCCCUCCUACCCCUGCUGCUUGCAGAGAGCGCUGCUCUCUGGGGAUUUGA